AUCACUUAUAAAAACAAAGUUUUUUUUUUAAUUAAAAACAAUAAACAUAUUGAAUUGGGAAUUAAUUGAGUAAAAAAAUAAAAGUGUAAAUAAAUAGAGAUAAACAAUGUCAUCAACAACGACAGAAUCACAACAAGAUAUAUCAGAUAUUACACAAAUAUUAAAACAAUGGGAAAAAGAUCAUACAACAUCAGGAUAUGAUCCAAUACCAUCAUUAGAAAAACUUGCUGAAAUAAUAGAAAAAGAAACAGAAAAUUUUCUUAAAAUGGAUCCAGAUCCGUUUGAUACACGACAUCCAUCACGUGUUGAUCCAGAGUGUAAAUUGGGUCAUAUAUUUAAAGCAAUAUUUCGUAAAGAUGAUUUUAUAACAAAAUUGAUUGAAGAUUACAUGAGAGAAACAUAUUAUCGUAAUUCUCCAAAUUCUCCAGACAAUACAAAAUUGCAUAUUGCUGCAUGUCGAUUGAUGCUAGAUAUAUUACCAGGUCUUGAUACAUCAGCUGUAUUUUUUUCCUUAGACAUGGAAAGUUUUAUAAAACGUUUAUACGUAUGGUCAGAACAUUCAAAUGAACAACUUCAAUGUUAUGCUGUUGGUUUAUUAGCAGCAUCAAUGGAAAUUCAAGAUGUACAGCUUAAUUAUCGUGAACAAAAUUCACGUCUUGUUCCAAUAAUGCUUAAAAAGCUACGUGAUUUACAAAAUAAAUCAGAAAAAGAAAGAUUAGAAAAAGAAAGAGUAGAAAAAGAAAGGCGAGAAAAAGAAAAAUUAAAUCCAUUAUCUAAAAGAGCUAAAAUUGAUAAUAAUACAAAUAACAACAAUAAUAAUAAUUUAAAUAAUAACAAUGAUGAUGAUGAUGAUGAUGAUAGAUUACAUGUAAGAGCAUCAUGGGCAGAAGAAAAUGUAAUUGGUAAUAUGAAAAUGUAUCCACCAACAUUGGCAACUCAACAAAUAUUAAUUUUGCGUUAUUUAUCAACAAUGGGUCCACAUCAAGAAUUUUGUAUUCAUGUUUUUGAACAAAAUGCAUUAGAAUUAAUAUUAUCAAUAAUUGAUACUGAAAAAACAAAAGACAUUAGAUUAACAUUUGAAGGAUUAAAAUAUUUAGCAUCAUUAUUGUAUCAAAAAAAAUUUUUAAUUGAAUUUUUAAAUAUGGAUGGUGUUGAAAAAUUAUUAAAUAUUCCAAGACCAAGUAUUGCAGCAACUGGUGUAAGUAUAUGUCUUUAUUAUAUAUCAUAUUGUGAAGAUGCUAUGGAACAAAUUUGUUUAAUGUCAAAUAAUAUUAUAAAUAAAUUAAUAAAAUAUACAUUAUGGUUACUUGAAAAAAGUCAUGAAUCUAGUCGUUGUUAUGCAACAUUAUUUCUCAGUUAUUCAUUUUCAUUUCAAAUAAUACUUGAUGAAUUUGAUAAACAAGAUGGUUUAAGAAUAUUGUUAAAUGCUAUAACAACAUUAGAAAUAUUAAAUGGUGAAGAAGUAUCAUUAGUUAAUGAUGAUGAAGAAUAUACAGCACGUCAAUUAAUUCGUAAUGUUGCUAUUGUUUUAAAAAAAUAUAUGGAAAUGCAUUUAUACUGGAAAUGUGAAGAAUUACAAAGAAUUGAAAAUGUACUUAUUGAACAAAAUAUCAAAGUUAUAUUACCAUAUAAAUCAUGUAAACUAACAAAUUAUGAAAUACAAACUAAAAUUGAAGUAUUACAACAAUUAUUAAAUAUCAAAAAAUCAUGGUUACCUGUUGAAGAAUUUUAUAAACUUCAAGGUAUACAAUUAAUUGUUAAAAUAAUAGCAACAACACGUGAAUGGAUUGUCAGUGGUAGAAUAGCACCAUUUAUUGUUGAAACAAUAAAAAGUUGUUUAGAUGUCAUAUCAAUAUGUACAGUUUUGCCAAAAGUAUUGUUAUUACUUAGUAAACAUGAAGCAAUACCAAAUAUAUCAUCAUCAAUAUCAAUUAAUUUAUUACUUGCUGCUUCUGAAGGUGAAUUGGUAUCAGAUGUAGAAGUACAAAAAUCAGCAUUAACAGCACUUGUUAAUUGUGUAUGUCCACCAUUAGAUCGUCCUGGUGACUAUGAUGAUGAUGAAAAUGAUGCAAAAUUUUCAUUUAAUUCAAAUGUUACAAUGAUGAAAAAAAAGAUAAAUUAUUAUACGUAUAAAGAAAUAAUUGAAAAAGUAUGGAAUUGUGUUAGAGCAAAUAAUGGCAUAAUGAUGUUACUUGAAUUGAUGAAAAUUAAAGUACCAAGAACAGAUGCUGAUAGUAUUAGAGCACUUGCAUGUCGUGCACUUGCUGGUUUAUCAAGAUGUGAAAAAAUACGUCAAAUAAUAAGUAAAUUACCAAUGUUUAUUGAUGAUGGUAUACAAACACUUAUGAAAUUACCAAUACUACAAGAAAAAAGACAAGAACAUUAUACAUUUCAAAAAUAUGCACUUGAAUUAAUGGAAAGAGUAUCAAAAGGUGAAGCUAAAACAUCACGUGAUAAAACAUCAUAUCAAAUGUCAUUACAAUCAUUGAGUCGUGCUAAUGUUGUUGCACAAACUAAAAUACAAUAUUCUGAUCAACAACUUAAUCUAUUAUUAUAUCAACAUUUUUUAUCAAAAGGACUAAAUAAUACAGCAUUAAGUUUACUAAAAGAAGCAAAUUUAGAUAUUAAAACACUUAAUAAUAUUAAUAGCAAUAAAAAUCAACAGCCAAAAGUGUAUUCUGAAGUUGCUGAAUUGAUGAAUUGUAUACCAAAAUGUUCACGUGAUGCAAUGUUAAAACCAGUAAGUAUAUUACAAACACCACAAGCAAGACAUGAUUCAAUAAUAUCUGGUAAUGCUCUUCAUUCACCAGUAAUACCAGCAAGAGUUAGAAAAAUAAUAUUAAAUGAAAGACAUCAUAAUCUUAUUAAUACGAAUAAUAAUAAUAAUAACAAUGUACAAUCACCAUUAUCAAAUGAAGCAACACCAAUGAAAACAAACCAUUUGCGAUCAUUACAAAAAUCAAUUCAAAAAAAUUUAUCAAUAUGUAUUGAUGAACAAUUAACACCAAUAUCUCCAUCAUCAUCAUCAACAGCAACAACAACAAUAGCAAUGACACCAACAUCAACACCAACAACACUAGCAAUGACACCAACAACAUUAUUCAAUAAUGAUAAUAAACCAGUAACAUUAAAUUCAAUUGUUGAAGAAUACUUGAUAAAUCAACAUUCAUUGUGUGAAAAUCCAAUGUUAACAUGUCCACAAUUUAAUUUAUUAGAACCACAUAAAUGUCCAGAUUCAAGAUCAAAAUAUUUUACAAUACCAAUAAAUAUGGCUGCUAGAAGAGCUGAAAGUCAAUGGGGUAAUAUUGAUUGUUCAUAUUAUGAUAGAAAAUAUUUAUACAGUCAUUUUUGUCCAGUUAAAACAUACAGACCAAAUGAACCAUCAACAUCAUUUACACAUUGUAUAUUUUCACCUUGUCAAAAAUACUUAAUGAUUGGUACAAAUGAUGGUGAUAUUAAAAAAUUUAACAUUGACACUGGUCUUGAAGAAAAAUCAUACAGUUGUCAUGAAUCAUCAAUUAAAUAUGCACAAUUUAAUAAUCAAGGUAAUUUAUUAAUAACAAAUACAACUUUUAGACAAUCAGCAUUAUGGAAUAUUGAAAAUAGAUUUGAAAUUAAAAUGGCAUUUGAAGGUGAAACACAUAUUGAAUUUAAUAAACAGUAUGAUAAAAUUAUUGCUACACAAACUGAUGAAGCAACUAUAUAUGACAUUGAAACUGGUAAAAUAAUGUCAAGAUUAAAACCAUUAACAAUUGAACCAAAUUUUUAUAAAAAUAAUAAAGCAACAUUUAGUAUGGAUGAUGAUUUGGUACUUAAUGAUGGUAUAUUAUGGGAUUUUAAUUCUGGUAAAGUAAUACAUAAAUUUGAUAAAUUAAAUCAAAAAUUAAAUGGUGUAUUUCAUCCAAAUGGUCUUGAAGUUAUAUCAAAUUCUGAAGUAUGGGAUUUACGAACGUAUAAUUUGAUGAAAACAGUUGAGUUACUUGAUGAAUUGGAAGUUAUAUUUUCACCAAUAAAUCAUGCCUUGUAUGGAAUUUUGUGUGAUCAAGAAAAUCAAAGUGAAGCAUAUUUUCCAGCAUUUGCAACAUUAGAUGCAUUGGAUUACAGUACAAUAAGUGUACAAGAUGUUAAGCCAUUGUAUAGUCUUGCUUGUAAUAAAUAUGAUACACAAAUAGCAACUGUUCAAAUAUGGUCUGAAAAUAAACUAGCUGCUGAAUCAUUUGUUAAAUUGUAUGAUGUUGGAAGAGUAUCAGCUGACGAUGAACCACUUGAAGAAGAUGAGAAUGAUAUGGCAAGCUGUGACUCUGAUGAUGAUGACGAUGACGACGAUGAUAGUGAUGAAGAUAUGGAUGAUGAUGAUGAUGAUGAUGAUGAUGAUGAUGAUGAUGAUGAUGAUGAUGAUGAUGAUUCACAUCUUUAUGAAAUUUUACCAGCAAAUGGAGAACACUCCGACUGAUGAUUAUACUUUUCAGCUGAAUUUUUAGAGUUAUGCAAAAGAAUUAGAUGAUGGAAAAAUGAAUGCCAAUUGUUCUUGUACAUUGAUAAAAGGAGAAAAGCUUAUUAUUGUUGACACAAUGACAGCAUGGGAUAAGGAUAAAAUAAUCA